ACGGUAUAUUUUAUUAUGUAUAUAAUAAUCAUGACUGUCUUUAGUUUUAAUAACGAGAAAAUCAAAGAAAAUUUAUUAGAUAAUAAAGUGGAUGAGCAGAAAGAAAAUAAGAUAAACGAUAAAAAUCAAAAUAAAAAAUUUGAUAAGAAUGCUUCUACGAUAGACAAUUCAGUAGAUGAUGCGAAUUGGGGUUAUGAUUUAUAUCCUGAAAGAAAGGGAAGAUAUAAACCCACAUUUUUUAGGAAAUUAAUAGGCGAAGGAAAAGAAGAGAUAACCAGACUAAAAUGUGAAGGAAAUGUGUACAAAUGCAUUAAAAAUAGUCAAUUAGUACAACUUAUGAUGGCAGCAUUAAAAAGCUCAGGAUGUGAAAUUGAUAUGCGUCGUCAUAUUUCUUGUGAAAUAUGUGAUUAUUCUGUAAGAGGUGGCUAUGAUGCACAACUUAAUCAGAUUGUUGUAUGCCAAAAUACUGCUCGCAGUGAAUCAAAAGUACAAGGUGUAUUAGCUCAUGAAAUGAUACAUAUGUUUGAUUACUGUCGUAAUAAAUUGGAUUUUAAGAACAUUGAUCAUUUAGCUUGCACAGAAAUAAGAGCAGCCAAUCUUGUACAUUGUAGUUUUAUGAGUGCCAUGAUUCAAGGAACUGCUUCUCCAUUUCAUAUAAAAAAAGCUCAUCAAGAUUGUGUAAAGAACAUGGCAACAGCUUCUAUAAUGGGAGUACGUAAAGUAACAGAACAAGAAGCUAAAAUAGCAAUAGAAAAAGUUUUUCCCAUGUGUUAUAAUGAUUUAGAGCCAAUUGGAAGACGUAUUCGUAGAAACUCUUUGGAUAUUAGUAGAGCAUAUAUGGAAGCUCCACUUUAUGGAUAUAUAUAUGAUCAUUAAUAGAUUAUCUUCAAAGAACUUAUUUUUAAAGUACACAUGUAAAAUCAAUUUAACAUAUAAAAAGCAACUACUACAGUUUCUUCAAUAUUAUUAUUUCUAUAAGAAUAUAUUAUAUUACCAAUAUUGUAAAUAAUUAUAAAUAAAUUAUGUUAUUAUUAAA